CUGCGCCAACUUGGCUGAUUUAUAUAUUUCCUCCCUUUCUGCGUUCAGAAUAAUACUGUGUGUUCUCUGCUCUGAGAGACACUGUAACCAGACAGACUGACACAAUGGGCUGUGAGAGAAGGCUGUUCCUGACUGCUGCUCUGCUGGCUGUCUUUUUAUGCAGUGAUGCUAUCACCGGUGGACGAGAGGCGGAGGCCCACUCCCGUCCGUACAUGGCCUCACUGCAGGUCGCCGACGGCGACAGGAUGAAACAUGAGUGCGGAGGGUUUCUGGUGGCCGAUCAGUGGGUGAUGAGCGCCGCACACUGCUUUCUCUCUGGGUCAGAAGGGAGGAAGGUGGUCCUAGGAGCUCACUCUCUGAGCGAACCGGAGGAUUCUAAACAAACCUUUGACAUUGUUCAAGUGUUCAGUCACCCUGAUUUCAGCAUCUCUAACUAUGAUAAUGACAUUGCUUUGGUCAAGCUGGACCGGCCAAUCAUUGCCAGUGAUGCAGUAAAGUCCCUGAAGUUCCAGAAGGACGAUGGGGCUGACCCCACCACGGAACAGGAGGUCAACACGGCGGGGUGGGGGUCACUGAACAACCUGGGGUCACGUCCUGACAAGCUACAGGAACUGGUCAUCGCUGUGAUGAACCGUGUUCGAUGCGGCCGCAGUGACUACUAUGGCAGGAAGUUCACCAAAAAUAUGCUGUGUGCGGCCAGCAAACAGAGUGACACCUGUGAUGGUGAUUCUGGAGGUCCUCUCCUGUAUAAUGGUGUAGCAGUUGGGAUCACUUCAAAUGGAGGGAAGAAGUGUGGAUCCAGCAAGAAGCCUGGUUUAUACACAACCAUCUCCCACUACAGCCAGUGGAUAGACAAGACCAUGACUCAAUAGAAGCCUGGUUUAUACACAACCAUCUCCCACUACAGCCAGUGGAUAGAUGGGACCAAUAGAAGCCUGGUUUAUACACAACCAUCUCCCACUACAGCCAGUGGAUAGACAAGACCACGACUCAAUAGAAGCCUGGUUUAUACACAACCAUCUCCCACUACAGCCAGUGGAUAGACAAGACCACGACUCAAUAGAAGCCUGGUUUAUACACCCCAUCUCCCACUACAGCCAGUGGAUAGACAAGACCACGACUCAAUAGAAGCCUGGUUUAUACACAACCAUCUCCCACUACAGCCAGUGGAUAGACAAGACCAUGACUCAAUAGAAGCCUGGUUUAUACACAACCAUCUCCCACUACAGCCAGUGGAUAGAUGGGACCAAUAGAAGAAUGUUGUGUCCCAAAUAUAUUCCAUAUGUAGUGCACUAAUUUUGACAAGGCCUCAUAGGACCAUGGCUUAUAACAUAGUAAAACAAUAUUAAUUAUAUUAUACCACUUUAUGAAACAAAUAAUCAUUCCUUAUGUAAAAAUCACCCAAAUAAACCAUACGCAUGAAUCAAUGAAGUCAUUGUAGUUUUGGGCAAAUGUUUCAAUCUUACAUGUUUUGGGCAAAUAUACUGUGAAAAGUUCAAACAUUUUGUGACAUGUGCAAGCAGAAUUAAAACCAUGCAUACAUUA